GUGGCAGUUCGCCGCGAGGGCAACGGCUCCGAGGCCGAGUGGCGGUCCUGCGCAGACAUCGGUGCCCUCCUCCGCAUGAUCUUGUGAUCAGCCUUUGUACCUUCUCCACAUUUGAAGAUGGUGAAGCUAGAUAUUCAUACUCUGGCCCAUCACCUCAAGCAGGAACGCUUAUAUGUAAACUCUGAGAAACAACUCAUUCAGAGGCUCAAUGCAGAUGUACUUAAGACAGCUGAAAAGUUGUAUCGCACAGCAUGGAUCGCUAAGCAGCAGAGAAUUAAUUUGGAUCGGCUUAUUAUAACCAGUGCUGAAGCUUCCCCUGCUGAAUGUUGCCAACAUGCCAAGAUUUUGGAAGAUACACAGUUUGUUGAUGGGUAUAAGCAGUUGGGAUUUCAGGAGACUGCUUAUGGAGAAUUCUUAAGUCGAUUGAGGGAAAAUCCUCGUCUUAUUGCCUCCUCUUUGGUUGCCGGAGAGAAACUUAAUCAGGAGAACACACAAAGUGUUAUUUACACAGUUUUUACCUCUCUCUAUGGCAACUGCAUUAUGCAAGAAGAUGAAAGCUACCUCCUUCAGGUGUUGAGAUACUUGAUUGAAUUUGAACUUAAAGAAAGUGACAACCCCAGGCGACUUUUGAGGAGAGGAACUUGUGCCUUCAGCAUCUUAUUUAAACUUUUUUCUGAAGGACUGUUUUCUGCCAAACUUUUCCUCACAGCAACUUUACAUGAGCCAAUCAUGCAGCUGCUUGUUGAAGAUGAGGAUCACCUGGAAACAGACCCAAACAAGCUAAUUGAGAGGUUCUCCCCGUCUCAACAGGAAAAACUCUUUGGAGAGAAAGGCUCAGAUAGAUUCAGGCAAAAGGUUCAAGAGAUGGUGGAUUCGAACGAGGCCAAACUAGUGGCUUUGGUGAACAAAUUUAUUGGUUAUCUCAAACAGAACACAUACUGCUUUCCACAUAGUUUGAGAUGGAUUGUGUCACAGAUGUACAAAACUCUCUCCUGUGUAGAUAGACUGGAAGUUGGGGAGGUCAGAGCAAUGUGUACUGACCUCCUGUUGGCCUGCUUCAUUUGUCCUGCGGUUGUCAAUCCAGAACAGUAUGGAAUAAUUUCUGAUGCUCCAAUUAAUGAGGUGGCAAGAUUUAAUCUGAUGCAGGUUGGCCGUCUUUUGCAGCAAUUAGCAAUGACUGGCUCUGAAGAGGGAGAUCCCCGGGCAAAGAGCAGCCUUGGAAAAUUUGACAAAAGCUGUGUUGCUGCUUUCCUUGAUGUGGUGAUUGGAGGCCGUGCAGUGGAGACCCCGCCAAUGUCCUCUGUUAAUCUUCUGGAAGGGUUGAGCAGAACUGUAGUUUAUAUAACCUACAGUCAGCUUAUUACUCUGGUGAAUUUUAUGAAGAGUGUGAUGUCUGGAGAUCAACUGAGAGAAGAUAGAAUGGCUCUUGACAAUUUAUUGGCAAACCUACCCCAGGCAAAGCCAGGAAAAAGCAGCAGUUUGGAAAUGACUCCCUACAGUACUCCUCAGCUGUCUCCAGCAACCACUCCAGCAAAUAAAAAGAAUCGAUUGCCUAUAGCAACUCGGAGCAGAAGCCGCACCAAUGUUCUGAUGGACUUACAUAUGGACCAUGAAGGAUCAGCUCAAGAAACCAUCCAGGAAGUGCAGCCAGAAGAGGUGUUGGUCAUUUCCUUAGGAACAGGUCCCCAGCUUACUCCAGGGAUGAUGUCAGAAAAUGAGGUCCUAAACAUGCAACUUUCGGAUGGAGGACAAGGAGAUGUCCCUGUCGAUGAAAACAAACUCCACGGUAAACCUGAUAAAACCUUGCGCUUUUCCCUCUGCAGUGAUAAUCUGGAAGGAAUAUCUGAAGGUCCUUCAAAUCGUUCUAAUUCAGUAUCCUCACUAGACCUGGAAGGGGAAUCUGUAUCAGAACUUGGAGCAGGACCUUCUGGGAGUAAUGGAGUUGAAGCUCUACAGCUGUUAGAGCAUGAGCAAGCUACAACCCAGGAUAAUCUCGAUGAUAAGCUAAGGAAGUUUGAAAUUCGUGACAUGAUGGGACUGACAGAUGAUAGGGAUAUAUCAGAAACAGUGAGUGAGACGUGGAGUACAGAUGUCUUGGGAAGUGAUUUUGACCCUAACAUUGAUGAAGAUCGCUUGCAAGAAAUCGCAGGUGCAGCAGCAGAGAACAUGUUAGGCAGUUUACUGUGCCUGCCAGGUUCAGGGUCAGUGCUUCUUGACCCCUGCACUGGUUCUACCAUAUCAGAGACAACAAGCGAAGCUUGGAGUGUAGAGGUAUUGCCAAGUGACUCAGAGGCCCCAGAUCUAAAGCAGGAGGAGCGACUGCAAGAACUGGAGAGCUGUUCAGGACUGGGUAGCACAUCUGAUGAUACGGAUGUCAGGGAGGUCAGUUCCCGCCCCAGCACACCAGGCCUCAGUGUUGUGUCGGGCAUAAGUGCAACCUCUGAGGAUAUUCCCAAUAAGAUUGAAGACCUGAGAUCUGAGUGCAGCUCUGAUUUUGGGGGUAAAGAUUCUGUCACUAGUCCAGACAUGGAUGAAGUAACUCAUGGUGCCCACCAGCUGACCUCUCCUCCUUCUCAGUCAGAGUCUCUCCUUGCCAUGUUUGAUCCACUGUCUUCACAUGAAGGGGCUUCUGCUGUAGUAAGGCCAAAGGUUCACUAUGCCAGGCCAUCGCAUCCACCACCAGAUCCCCCAAUCCUGGAAGGAGCUGCAGGAGGAAACGAGGCCAGGUUGCCAAACUUCAGUUCCCAUGUCUUAACUCCAGCUGAGUUGGAGGCAUUUAAGCAAAGGCAUUCUUACCCUGAGAGAUUAGUUCGCAGCAGGAGCUCUGAUAUAGUGUCUUCUGUCCGGCGACCUAUGAGUGACCCCAGCUGGAACCGACGUCCAGGGAAUGAAGAGCGAGAACUCCCCCAAGCCGCAGCCAUUGGUGCUACUUCUUUGGUGGCUGCACCUCAUUCAUCAUCUUCAUCCCCGAGUAAGGACUCCUCAAGAGGAGAGACUGAAGAACGCAAAGAUAGCGAUGAUGAGAAAUCAGACAGGAACAGACCUUGGUGGAGAAAGCGUUUUGUUUCUGCCAUGCCCAAAGCUCCUAUACCAUUUAGAAAGAAAGAAAAACAAGAAAAAGACAAAGAUGAUCUGGGGCCUGACAGAUUCUCAACACUCACAGAUGACCCGAGCCCUAGACUCAGUGCACAAACUCAGGUUGCUGAGGAUAUUCUGGACAAAUACAGGAAUGCCAUUAAACGAACCAGUCCCAGUGAAGGAGCACUGGCAAACUACGAAAGUGCAGAAGUUAUGGGUGACGGUGAAAGUGCGCACGAUUCGCCUCGUGACGAAACCCUGCAAAACAUCUCAGCUGAUGAUCUCCCAGAUUCCGCGAGCCAAGCCGCCCACCCUCAGGAUUCAGCUUUCUCUUACAGAGAUGCAAAAAAGAAACUGAGGCUCGCUCUUUGUUCUGCGGAUUCUGUUGCUUUCCCAGUGCUAACCCAUUCAACAAGGAAUGGUUUACCAGACCAUACAGACCCAGAAGACAAUGAAAUUGUCUGCUUCCUGAAAGUUCAAAUAGCAGAAGCAAUUAAUUUACAAGAUAAAAACUUAAUGGCUCAACUUCAAGAAACAAUGCGUUGUGUGUGCCGCUUUGAUAACAGGACUUGUAGGAAACUACUGGCUUCUAUCGCUGAGGACUAUAGGAAAAGGGCCCCCUAUAUUGCUUACCUCACUCGUUGUCGACAAGGACUGCAGACCACGCAGGCUCACUUGGAAAGGCUACUGCAAAGGGUUUUGCGGGACAAAGAGGUGGCCAAUCGAUACUUCACCACUGUCUGUGUGAGGUUGCUGCUUGAGAGCAAAGAAAAGAAGAUCAGGGAAUUCAUUCAAGACUUUCAGAAACUCACGGCAGCUGAUGACAAAACUGCUCAGGUGGAAGAUUUUCUGCAGUUCCUGUACGGCGCCAUGGCCCAGGAUGUCAUAUGGCAGAAUGCGAGUGAGGAGCAGCUUCAGGAUGCCCAGCUCGCCAUUGAGCGAAGUGUGAUGAAUCGGAUCUUCAAACUUGCCUUCUACCCUAAUCAGGACGGGGACAUACUCCGUGACCAAGUUCUUCAUGAACAUAUUCAGAGAUUGUCUAAAGUAGUGACUGCAAAUCACAGAGCUCUUCAGAUACCAGAGGUUUAUCUUCGGGAGGCACCAUGGCCAUCUGCACAGUCAGAAAUCAGGACAAUAAGUGCUUACAAGACGCCCCGGGACAAAGUGCAGUGCAUCCUGAGAAUGUGCUCCACGAUCAUGAACCUCCUGAGCCUGGCCAACGAGGACUCCGUCCCAGGAGCAGAUGACUUCGUCCCUGUUUUGGUUUUUGUGUUGAUAAAGGCAAAUCCACCCUGUUUGCUGUCCACUGUUCAGUACAUCAGUAGCUUUUAUGCCAGCUGUCUGUCUGGAGAGGAGUCUUAUUGGUGGAUGCAGUUCACAGCAGCAGUUGAAUUCAUUAAGACUAUCGAUGACCGAAAGUAACCAAGACCAAGGCCCACCAAGGCAGCAGACUGUUAGGGGGGCACACGGAUCUCUUAGAAAAUGUACCAGCUGCUUUGAAGGCUGAAGAUUGUUUUUGUAUAAUAUUGUACUGUACAGUGUUGAGACCUUUUAAAACAGAUCUUUACUAAACAGA